AUGGCGCACGUACCCCUAGGCGAUCGACACCUCACAGGCCUCGGACCCGGCAACUUCAACUCCCAGCAGGCCUCGCUUCCCCCGACGGCACUUCCUGUCUACGCGGUGCCUUCUGGGAGUUGUAGUGGCCCGCGUGGCCCUCCGCCGCCUCAGGCGCGGCGGCGACAGGAGCGCUCGGGCUCCCUCUCCUGGGAAGCCGUUAGCUGGCCGGCCGGUGGGCGAGCCGCAGGCGGCGGCCCUGCCAGUGAGCCCGCCCUUGGGGCGGUGCUCGGCGGAGACUCAGGGGGAACCAGGGGCCCGGCCCUGAGGAGAGCGUUGCGCGAGGGCGGCCAGGGCGAUGGGACCGAGAGAAGCCCGAGCGGCGGCGGCAGCGCGGCGGCAGUGACAGCGACAAGGCACGGAGAAGUUCUGACCCAGCUAGUUGUGGGUGGUGGGACCCAGGAGCGGACCCUGUCGUCUGCUCUGGAGAUGGUGCUCUUCAGUGCUCCAUCAGACCGCAUGUCUGUUGGGAUAGGAGUGCUACAGAGAGACAUUAGUGGAAGUGGUUGUUAUUGUUGGGUACUUCUGAUCUUUUUUAAAAAAUGCCUAUUUAUUUUUUUAAAUCCAGGAGUAUAUGGAAAAAGAAGCGGUCGUAGUAAAAAAUGGAAGGAGAUGCUGAAGCUACCCCCUGUCAGCAAGUGCAGCGAGCUUAGACAUUCCAUUGGAAAGGAUUAUAACAGUCUUUGUGACAAGCAGCCGAUAGGAAGACUUCUCUUCAGGCAAUUCUGUGAAACAAAAUCUGAUCUAAAGAGAUGCAUUGAGUUCUUGGAUGCAGUGGCAGAAUAUGAAGUGGCCGCUGAUGAGGACCAAAGAGAUCGUGGACUCAAGGUCUUAGAUACAUUCUUCAAUGAGGAGGUAGCAGCCCAUUUACCAGAAAUACCUCAGGAUGUUAUGAUAAAAUGUAAAGAGAGACUAGAAGAAGAUCCUUCCAAAGAACUCUUCGAGGAAUGCACUAGGAUUGUCCAUAACUAUUUAAGUGGAAAACCAUUUGAAGAAUACCAGGAAAGCUCAUAUUUUUCUCGAUUUUUACAGUGGAAGUGGCGGGAAAGGCAACCAGUAACAAGGAACACAUUUAGACAUUACAGAGUUCUAGGAAAAGGCGGAUUUGGAGAGGUGUGUGCCUGUCAAGUGCGAGCUACAGGAAAAAUGUACGCCUGUAAGAAACUGGAGAAAAAGAGGAUAAAGAAGAGGAAGUGCGAAGCUAUGGCUCUGAAUGAGAAGACGAUCUUAGAGAAAGUGCACAGUAGAUUUGUAGUUAGUUUAUCCUACACGUACGAGACCAGCGAUGCCUUGUGCUUGGUGCUGACCAUCAUGAACGGAGGGGAUCUGAAGUUUCACAUUUACAACCUGGGCAGUCCUGGCUUUGAGGAGCACAGAGCUGUGUUCUAUGCUGCAGAGGUGUGCUGCGGCUUGGACGAUUUACAGCGGGAAAGAAUUGUGUACAGAGACUUGAAGCCUGAGAACAUUCUCCUGGAUGACCAUGGACAUAUCCGGAUUUCAGAUCUUGGUUUAGCUGUGGAGAUCCCAGAAGGGCAGAUGAUCCGAGGAAGAGUUGGAACGGUCGGUUACAUGGCUCCAGAAGUUAUCGAUAAUGAAAACUAUACGUUUAGUCCUGACUGGUGGGGACUUGGCUGCCUGAUAUAUGAAAUGAUUCAGGGACAUUCUCCAUUCAGAAAAUUCAAAGAGAGAGUCAAACGGGAGGAGGUCGACCGAAGAGUGAAGAAGGACGAUGAGGAGUAUUCCGAGAAGUUCUCCGAGGACGCCAAAUCCAUCUGCAAGAUGUUACUCACCAAGAACCCCAGGGAGCGGUUGGGCUGCACGGGGGGCGGAGCGGCUGACGUCAAGCAGCACCCCGUGUUCAAGGACAUUAACUUCAAGAGGCUGGAAGCACAUGUGCUGGAUCCCCCUUUCUGUCCUGACCCACACGCCGUGUACUGCAAGGACGUCUUGGAUAUCCAUCCGUUCUCCACGGUGAAGGGAGUGCACCUGGACAGCACAGAUGAGGAGUUCUACGCCACCUUCGUCACAGGCUGUGUCUCUAUCCCCUGGCAGAACGAGAUCAUCGAAUCCAAAUGUUUUGAGGACCUCAGUGAAAGUGGAGAUGAGGAAGACUUUUCACUUGAUCUAGAAGAGACAUUAUGUCCCCCCAUUCAAAAACCAAAGAGGGGCUUCUUGUACCGGCUCCUCAAGAGAAUGGGCUGUCUCAGCUCCAGCCCCAGCGAGAAGGAAGAGGAGGCGAGGAGACUCUGAGCCAUUCACUGUUCGGACCUGGCGGGACCAGACCUCGGCGCCAAGCAGGAGCACGUGUUCGCUACGAGUUGUAAUAAACGCAU